AUGUCGUCUAUACAGCUGCUAUUAUCUGAUUUGAAUGCUUCUCUAUCCAUUGAACCAUUACCUAGGGACGUCAAUGAUCAAAUUCUGAAAUCCGCUUUGAAUUUGAAGACUAUUUCAUCCUUAGAUGAUCAAUCUAUAAUGCUACAAGUUUUGGAUAAAAUCAAAUCUCUGUUAUACAGAGAUAACAUACGAACUCUAGAUUAUACUUUACUAUUUGAUCUUUCAGAUAUCAUCCUUCAAUUGGUUGAUUCGGAACUUCUAAACCAAAUAAUAUCUCUGGAAGAUUUACACAAAGCUCUAGAGUCUUCAAAUACUAACAUAAUCAUACUGUCUUGUAAGAUUAUAACCAAAUUUAAUACUUUCAAAACUUUCCAAACUGAUUUACUCUAUCUAUAUUUCAAUACAGAAACCGAGGACAUUAAACUAAUUAGUGAAGUCGAAAAUAUCUUCCAAUACCAUGUACUUACCAAUUGUGGAGAUGAUUUAGUGCAAGACAAUCUCAGUUUCUUAUCAAUGGUUAAGAAUUCAAAUAGUCCAGUGUUAAUUUCGAGAUUAUUAGAAUUUUUAACAAUUUCAAUGGAAAAUUCACAAUUCAACCAAAUUUAUAUCUUCGAUAUUAACUAUAUUUACAAAUUCCUAAAUUUAGACAUCUUUCUGUUUAUUAAUUUACUCAGAUUCUACACGAAUAUUCUAAAUAGAGAGGCAUGGGGGCAACUUGAUUUGUUUAUGCCAAUAAUGGAAGAAUCCGCUAAGAUAUUCUCAAAACAAGAUGAGAUGUUCCCAGAAAUUAAAUCUUUUGCAUUAUCCUAUCUUUUCAAAUUUUUUGCUAAAAUUUCAUACCUUUCGGAUGAUUCCUAUUUUAAGACUUUAGAUGAUAAGUAUUUCCACAUUACCAGUAACGACUAUAUCAUCGACUUUCUAUCUUUUGUCAACCCAUUAUAUUUAAUGAAAUAUUAUCAUGAUUUUAUUGAAGGUUACGUGAAAAUUAAGCCAUCCCAUCUUUCCAUACUAAGAAAUUUGAUUUCUAACAUCACAACUUUCAACUUAAUUCAACCAAUGUUGACCACUAAUAAUAUCUUAGAAAUGCCUUUUCUGGAACAACUAGUACUGACUGAAAAAAUCUCGCAAUUCAAGUAUUCUUCAAUCUAUCUAGUAAAUCUUUUGCCAAAAUUAAUGUCAGAUAUUCUAGAUACCAAUAUAAUCGAACCAGAAUGUCUGCAAUUCAAAGAAAAUAUAGUCGAUAAUCUGCUAAAUGUUCUAUCAAAGGAAGAAUUAAACAUCUGGUAUACACCAUUAAAUGAUGAGUAUUUGAAAAUCACACACAAUUUACCUCCAUCAAGUAAACGAAAUCCAAAGACUAAUAUAGCCAGCGAGUUUAUGUGA